CCGAAUCUCGUGGAAAGUACAAAGACCCGCCAUCACUGCUAACAACACAACAGAGCUCGAAAUUCGCUUUGCCCUCCCUCUCUCUCCCUCGGCUCCAGCCCAAACCCUCUCUCUCCCUCUCUCCCAGAAACCAAAAACCUAACAAGACAAAAAAAAAAAAAACAAACCCUAACCCCUCUCUCAUGGCUUCCUCACUCUUCCAACCUUCUCCGUCUUCCGCCAUGACUCUCUCUUCUUCUUCUACUUCCUCUUCCUCUUCUCUCUUCACCGGCACUCUCCGAACCUUAGGUUUCGUUGAUCAUUCCCGCGCGAGAAUCUCCGCGCCUAACACCGUGAAAUGUGACAUGUCGGAAUCGUCGAAUUUCGUCAACGGGAAACCGAUCAUUCCGGUUCUCAACGAACGGACUCUGCCGAAGUUCAUGGAAUCCGCGAGGGAGGCGAAGACCGUCAGCAGAAACAGUAACCGGUUGAAAUUGUUCUCUGGCAGGGCCAAUCCCACUCUCUCUCAGGAAAUUGCUCGGUACAUGGGCCUGGAACUCGGAAAGAUUUCCAUCAAGCGAUUUGCUGAUGGUGAAAUAUAUGUCCAGUUACAAGAGAGUGUUAGAGGUUGCAAUGUUUACCUUAUACAGCCAACCUGCCCUCCCGCAAAUGAGAAUCUCAUGGAGCUUAAAAUAAUGAUUGAUGCUUGUCGGAGAGCAUCGGCCAAAAAUAUCACUGCUGUGAUUCCAUACUUCGGAUAUGCCAGAGCUGAUAGAAAGACUCAAGGGCGUGAAUCAAUUGCGGCUAAACUUGUUGCGAACCUUAUUACAAAAGCUGGGGCAGACCGUGUUCUUGCUUGUGACCUUCAUUCAGGGCAGUCCAUGGGUUACUUUGAUAUUCCUGUGGAUCAUGUACACUGUCAACCCGUGAUCCUUGAUUACCUUGCCAGUAAGAUGAUAAGUUCAAGUGACUUGGUGGUGGUUUCCCCAGAUGUUGGUGGUGUUGCAAGAGCACGUGCUUUUGCAAAGAAAUUAUCUGAUGCACCUUUAGCUAUUGUAGACAAGAGGCGCCAUGGACACAAUGUUGCUGAGGUGAUGAACCUGAUUGGUGAUGUAAAAGGAAAAGUUGCUGUAAUGGUAGAUGAUAUGAUCGACACUGCUGGGACCAUUGCUGAGGGUGCAGCACUCUUGCAUGAAGAGGGGGCUAGGGAAGUGUAUGCAUGCUGCACUCAUGCUGUUUUCAGUCCUCCAGCAAUUGAGAGGUUGUCCAGUGGCUUGUUUCACGAGGUGAUUAUCACAAACACCAUUCCAGUUGCGGAGAAGAACUAUUUUCCCCAGUUAACGAUUAUUACUGUAGCAAACCUUUUGGGUGAAACUAUUUGGCGUGUUCAUGAUGAUAGUUCUGUUAGUAGUAUUUUUCAGUGAACAAUCAGUUACUUUUGGAGUUAAUUUAAUGAAUAAAUGCUAUUUGACCAUCUUAUAUGAUAAAAAAAA